AUGCAAUACUCAAAUUGGGUCGAAUUAUUCGAGAAUCAUGUUUGUGCGUAUAAUGUUCUUGAUCACAUCGACCCGGAUACCCCUCGUCCAACUGACGUUUUCGAUGCUUUAUGGAAGAGACUAGAUGCAAUUGUGAAACAAUGGAUCUAUGGUACAAUCUCGGUUGAUCUUCUUCAAACCAUCCUUUUACGGAAAUCUACUACUCAAGAGACUUGGAAUCCUUAUUGCCAGCGCCUAAAAAGCAUCUCUGAUCAACUCGCCAAUGUUGAUCAGCCAGUUUCAGAUCAAAAAUUGGUACUCCGUCUUGUUGCAGGCCUCACUAAGAUCGAUUUUGACACGGUCGCAACUAUGAUUGCUCAAUCGGACCCCCUUCCGUCUUUUAACAAUGCUCGAUCUCGGUUCCUACUUGAAGAUACUCGCCGGAAUACGGACUCUGUUCCAUCUCCGGCUUCGUUUGUAUCACAACAACAAUCAUCGCUCAACUCCGACUCCACGCAACAGCAGCAACCUGCCGCAGGUGCCGGCAGAGGCGUUGGUGGCGGCGGACAAGGCCGCGGUGGCGGAAAGGGGCGAGGCAAGGGUCGCGGACGUGGUACUCCUGCCCGUGGCAGCCCUCAAGGCCAGCAACAAAAUACGCAACAACAAUAA